AUGAUUCCGCAUAGAAGCACCGGUCUUUUGGCCAUUAUUCUUUUUGUUGCUCUCCUUCUCUUUAUCUUCUCCUCCUCACCCGUACCUGAACCCACCGAGGGCGAAGAACCCAUUUCAGGACCCGCCAAAUAUUUCCCUCAACCAAAACUCCCUUCUUUAAGUGACCUCCAUUUACCGACUUUCCGCGCCCCUUCGCACGAACCACCCCCAAUAGAGACCAAUAGCACUAGCGGCGAGUCUAAAUGGUUUAGCAACUGGGAGUGGCUGAACCCAUUCUCCUCCGCAAUUACUUUGGACGAGGAUCGCUCUGUGCUUCCUCCACUCCGCGACCGUCGUCCGAUAUACACCUACUACAAUCCGAAAUACAACCCUAAAAAGCAUUCCAGCAAGGAACUUAAGGAGGACCAGAAUGCUGAUGCGGAGCUUCUUCUUACAUGGCGAAGAGCUUGGUUCGCCCAGGGCUUUCGGCCGGUCGUUCUCACUCCGGGCGAUGCAAUGAAGAACCCGCAUUAUGAAUUGGUCCAAAAAUUAACCCUUUCGCCUGAACUUGAAAAUGAGGUUUUCCGUUGGUUGGCUUGGGGACACAUGGGGACAGGAUUGCUGGCCGAUUUCGAGUGUUUUCCCAUGGGUCGAUACGAUGAUGGUCUCUUCAAGGCUCUUCGACAGGGCACCGAGCCAGAAUUUAUCAUUCGCUUCGAGAAUUUCCACGAUGGUCUAUAUUCAGCGGAGAAGCAGCGUCUGGAUGAGGCAAUUGAUGGCGCCGUGAAGAAACUGGAUGAGAGGUCCACAUCUUUCACAGAGCUGAUCAACUCCGAGCUCUUCAAGGUUAUGCAACCAAGCAGCUUAGCUUACUAUAAGCAUGCCGUUAUCGGUUCACACUAUCCGACACUCCAAGAGAAAAUGAGCCAUGAUCCGUCUGCUGGACGAAUGCUUUUAGCUCAACUAGUCAACACUCACCUUCACACUACUUUCCAGAACGCCUUUCCUGCUGGGUUAGCCGUGCUGAAGCCUUUUCCUAAACAUACCACUGCCCUGGUGGAACCUGCCCUCCGACUUGCGAAAGCACUCAUUCAAUGCCCCGACUCUCCCGUUCCCAACUCCUGCCCACCUAACCUUCCCGACUGCCGCCCCUGCGGCUCCUCAAAGCAGCCAAUGCUUAUCAGCCAACCCACCAGCUAUAAGAAUACUGAGUUCUUAUUCACAAUUGGCACCCUCCCACACCCAUACACUCUUGUCAGUUUACAGAAGAGCUCUGAAGAUGUCACCACUCGACAAAUUCGUCGGGAGACUGAGCGGGAUGUCUGGUUGACCGAUGUCACCAGAGAACACCUCGGACCAGAGAUAGGGAGCUCCUACAGAGGCAUGGCGUUCAAGCAGGUUGUCGCUGGCGACCAAGCUGUCGCCACUUCCCUCUGGAUGACCGUCGAGUCACUCCCUGCCGAGGCUGGCCAGACCCUUCCAUCUGAACUCCUCGAUGAAUUUGAAUGGCAGCUUGGGUUCAAAAUCCCUCGUGGUGGUAUUGACCCCAAGGCCGCCAGCGAUAAAGAAAGCGUACAGAGCAAGACUCCGAGCCAGCAGGGCGUGGCCCGAGAGUACGAGCUCAUCCAGAAGGCUCGGGCUGUUAUCAACGGCAAAGAGCCUGAGAGUGUUAGCAAGCGAGACGUCUCUGAAGCCUGGAAUCUGGCUGAUACAGAGGUCUGGCGGUUUGUUAAAGCCUACCGUGCUCGCUCUGUUGUUGAACGGAAGCGAUGGGAAGAGGAAGAACGAGGAUUUGCAGGGUCUAAGCUGUAA